UGUUUGCGGGUUAGUGAUGUGGUGCAGUUUGGAGCGGGGCAGCUGCCAUAGCCAUGGCCGCCUCGUGCUCUGAUAGUUCCCUGUUGAGGGGCUCGAGCUGCUCCAUGGACGGUUCCUCGCUCCCCGGGCAGUUUGAUGAUGCGGACACCGAGCACAGUGAUUGUGGCUGUCCUGAGCAAACACAACAGGCAGCACGAAAAGUCAACAGUUUAUAUCUGAGUAACUCUGAGGAAGAGGAACAUUAUAUCGCAAGUGAUGAUGGCGAAGAAUGGGACUGGGAUGUUUGUGAUGGAGACCUCACCAAGCGCUAUACUGCUUCCAGGGGUUACAACCAGCAGGCAAAUCGACAAAUUUCUUGUAAUUCAGCAAAGAUGGCCACUCCAACAGACAAGGUUCUGAGAAAGUUUGAACAUAAAAUUAAUCUUGAUAAACUAAAUUUUGAUGACUCUGUGAUAAACAGGGUAACUGAAAAAUCAAGAAAGAAACAUACAGACAUGUUUCGGGUUAAAGAUAAAUCUGACCGAGCCACUGUGGAGCAGGUUUUGGAUCCACGAACUCGAAUGAUCUUGUUUAAAAUGCUGAGUAGAGGAGUGAUAUCUCAAAUCCAUGGAUGUAUCAGUACAGGCAAGGAGGCAAAUGUAUAUCAUGCAACAACAAACACUGGAGAAAGCAGAGCAAUAAAGAUCUACAAAACUUCAAUCUUAAUUUUUAAAGAUCGUGACAAAUAUGUUAGUGGGGAAUUCAGAUUCCGCCAUGGAUAUUGCAAAGGAAAUCCAAGGAAAAUGGUGAGGACUUGGGCAGAAAAGGAGAUGAGAAAUUUAAUCAGGUUGCAAACAGCAGCAAUACCAUGUCCAGAACCGAUCAUGCUCAGGAGCCAUGUGCUUGUUAUGGGUUUUAUUGGUAAAGAUGACAUGCCGGCACCUUUGCUGAAGAAUGCUCAUUUGUCAGAAUCCAAGGCCCGUGAACUAUAUCUGUUUGUUAUUCAGUACAUGCGAAGAAUAUACAAAGAUGCCAAACUGGUUCAUGCUGAUCUCAGUGAAUUUAAUAUGCUGUACCAUGAUGGGGGAGUUUAUAUAAUUGAUGUAUCACAGUCAGUGGAACAUGAUCAUCCAUGUGCCUUGGAGUUUCUCCGAAAAGACUGUCUCAAUGUCAAUGAAUUUUUUCGUAAACAUAGUGUUGCUGUGAUGACUGUGCGAGAACUUUUUGAAUUUGUCACUGACCCUUCAAUUAUGGAAGAUAAUCUUGAUGCUUAUCUUCAGAAGGCAAUGGAAGUAGCUGCAGAAAGAUCAGAAGAAGAACGAUCCAACCAGGACAAAGUAGAUGAAGAGGUGUUCAAAAACGCCUACAUACCCAGGACACUGAAUGAAGUGAAACAUUAUGAACGGGAUGUUGACAUAAUGAUGAAGCUCAAGGAAGAAGAUAUAACUACAGAUUUACAGCAUGACAAUAUUCUGUAUCAGACGGUGACAGGAAUGAAGAAAGACUUGAGUGGUGUGCAACAGGUACCUGCCCUUCUUGAGAAUUUGCAAGAAAGUGAUGGAAAAUCUAAUUCUGAUAAUGAUAGCUCUGACUCCGAGCUUGGCUCUGAAGAAGGAGAAAGGAUUCAUCCUAAAGACCAUGUGGAGGAAAGUGAAACUAACAAAAAGGACAGAAAAAGACUGGUUAAAGAAGCGCAGCGAGAAAAACGAAGAAACAAAGUACCCAAGCAUGUCAAAAAAAGGAAAGAGAAGGUUGCCAAAAUGAAGAAAGGGAAAUCAUAGAAAUUUGAAUUGUGCUUUGUAAAUGGUUGACAAUCAAAAUACUCUGGUCACCAACAACUUUAAUACCAACUUAUUAAAUGAGGAAGUCUAUUUGAUUCAUCUUGAGCAGAAUUUUUAAUGCCAGGUACCAAUUGUGCCUUUGGGAUGAAACGCUGUUUGGGAACACAAAUGCCAGCAGCUUGAUCCAUAAGGAGAUUUUGGAGAACAUGCAAACUAAGGCACUAUCUUUGGGAGGCCCAGUCAAUUAAUGAUGUCAGGAAAGUCCACAGAAAGUAAUAUAAAAGUAAAAUACUGCUAUUGCUGAAAUAAGAACAAAGUGCUGGAGAAACCCAACAGGUGUGACAGCACCUACAGAAAGCUGUGUGAUAUUUGACGAUUGGUAGCUCCACCAUCAGACUUGGUUUUAUGGAAGGGUUGUUCGGUUGCUGGCUGACCCUUGUUUGGAUCACAAUGUAAAUGCAAGUGUUUGUGCAGCAGGUGAAAUAUGCAUUCAAUUAUUAAAGCAUAGUAUCCGCGGAUACCAAUAACCCAAUCAAAUCAAUCAGCAGCGUACAAUUUAAACCAUAAUUUAGGAUUUCCAAGCUGCCAUUGUUACCCCCAGCGGAAUUGUAGAAUUCACAAUCUCUGAGGUAAGUAGGGCUCAGUGGUUAGCACUGCUGCCUCACAGCACCAGGGUCCCAGGUUCGAUUCCAGCGUCUGGCGACUGUGUG